AGUUCCAAGCUGUGAUGAGAGUAACCUGCCCAAGCACCAAGAUCACAGUUGCGUCGCCACCUUCUCCUCAGUUCGCAGAGCUGGACAAUCCCGGUAACAGACGGGACCUGUGAAGAAUCCAAAUUCCAAGCAAUUUUCAACAUGGAUUCACGUGAAUUCCGGAGGAGAGGGAAGGAGAUGGUGGAUUAUAUAGCUGACUAUCUGGAUGGCAUUGAGGGACGUCCAGUGUACCCUGAUGUGGAGCCUGGCUACCUUCGGGCCCUGAUCCCCACCACUGCCCCCCAGGAGCCAGAAACAUAUGAGGACAUAAUCAAAGAUAUUGAAAAGAUAAUCAUGCCAGGGGUAACACAUUGGCACAGUCCCUAUUUCUUCGCUUACUUCCCCACGGCUAGUUCAUACCCAGCUAUGCUUGCAGACAUGCUAUGCGGGGCUAUCGGCUGCAUUGGCUUCUCCUGGGCUGCUAGCCCGGCGUGCACAGAGCUGGAGACAGUGAUGAUGGAUUGGCUGGGGAAGAUGCUGGAGCUGCCAGAGGCCUUUUUGGCUGGAAAUGCUGGGGAAGGGGGAGGAGUGAUCCAGGGAAGUGCCAGUGAAGCCACCUUGGUGGCCCUACUGGCUGCUCGAACUAAAAUCAUCCGCCAGCUGCAGGCAGCCUCCCCAGAGUUGACACAAGCUGCUAUCAUGGAAAAGCUGGUCGCUUACACAUCUGAUCAGGCACACUCCUCUGUAGAAAGAGCUGGAUUAAUUGGUGGAAUAAAACUAAAAGCAAUCCCUUCGGAUGACAACUUUUCCAUGAGAGCGUCUGCCCUUCAGGAGGCCCUGGAGCAGGACAAGGCAGCUGGCCUGAUUCCAUUCUUUGUGGUUGUUACGCUGGGAACCACGUCUUGCUGCUCUUUUGACAACCUCCUAGAAGUGGGCCCCAUCUGUAACCAGGAGGGCAUAUGGCUGCACAUUGAUGCUGCGUACGCGGGCAGUGCCUUUAUCUGUCCUGAGUUCCGGCAUCUUCUGAAUGGUGUGGAGUUUGCAGAUUCCUUUAACUUUAAUCCCCACAAGUGGCUUUUGGUGAAUUUUGACUGCUCCGCCAUGUGGGUGAAGAGGAGAACUGACUUAACCGGUGCCUUUAAUAUGGACCCGGUUUAUCUGAAGCACAGUCACCAGGACUCAGGACUCAUCACUGACUACAGGCACUGGCAGAUCCCACUGGGGCGAAGAUUUCGCUCUUUGAAAAUGUGGUUUGUUUUUAGAAUGUACGGAGUCAAGGGGCUGCAGGCUUACAUCCGAAAGCAUGUGGAGCUGUCUCAUGAGUUUGAGUUCCUGGUACGCCAGGACCCUCGCUUUGAAAUUUGCACGGAAGUCAUUCUUGGAUUGGUCUGCUUCCGGCUAAAGGGCUCCAACCAGUUGAACGAAACUCUCUUACAAAGAAUAAACAGCGCCAAAAAAAUCCACUUGGUUCCGUGCCGUCUCCGAGACAAGUUUGUGCUGCGCUUUGCCGUGUGCGCUCGCACUGUGCAGUCCGCCCACGUGCAGCUGGCCUGGGAGCACAUCAGAGAUCUAGCAAGCAGUGUGCUGAGGGCAGAGAAAGAGUGAAUGAAAACAGAGCUGCCUCAGAGAUCAAAAGUUGAAAAGAAGUUUAUCUGAAAACUGGAAAGAGAAAAAUAACCAACACUCCGUCUUCGUGAAAUCAUGGUUAUAUGUGGCGUCACAUGUGUCUCCAAAAUUAACCAGAAACCUCUGAUUGACUUUUCGGUGACUUAUCAAUGAAGAAAUAUUUUCUGUAUUAUCCAGGGAGAAAUGUUUUCUGUGUGGAAAGCUAGCAUUGGUGACUCUAACUUCUGUUUUUUGUGUGGCUGUGAUUUCUGUUGACAAUAAGAUGUUUUUGUGCUCAUAAAGCCAUUGGUGGCAGAAAAGCCUUAUAGAAAUAUUUUCCAGGGCAGUCUUUGGUCUUACCUUCAGACUAUCUAUGGCUGUUAACUUGUCCUCUGUGUGGUUAAAUACUUAAUAAACAACCCAUGUGUAAUACUA